AUUAGACUCAUUUACAGACAGUUUAUUGGAAUUAAAAAGUGUUAUUUUUAAUCAAAUGAACUAGGUAUAAUCCGAAAUUUUCAGGCCUCAAAGGAAACAAUAUUGCGAUAAAUGUUACUUUGGGAUAGCGGCUGCAACUAACUACGCGCUACACAAAGACGUGCGAUCUGAACAACGCAAAUGGUCAGUGAAUUCCCUGCGUUAAAAAAUGAUAACAUUAUCAAAGCUGCCAGGGGAGAAGCCGUUUCUCGUACGCCUGUCUGGAUAAUGCGUCAAGCGGGUCGCUAUUUACCUGAAUUUCGUGCAGUUCGAGAAAAGCAUGACUUCUUUGAAAUAUGUCGUACUCCAGAACUAGCCUGUGAAGUAACACUACAACCCAUUAAACGUUUUGAUCUUGAUGCAGCCAUCAUAUUUUCUGAUAUUUUGGUUAUACCUCAAGCUCUUGGUAUGGAAGUUAAAAUGCUACCUGGAAUCGGACCGAAAUUCGUUGAACCUCUAAAUUCACCAAAAGAUCUAAAUCGACUGAAUUUCCAGGUGAAUGUGGGCAGAGAUUUAAGCUAUGUCUAUGAGUCAAUCUCAUUAACCCGUCAUCGACUGGAGGGAAAAGUCCCUUUAAUCGGUUUCGCCGGAGCUCCAUGGACUCUUAUGUCUUACAUGAUUGAAGGUGGAAGUUCUAGUACUUAUUCCAAAGCGAAACGAUGGUUAUAUUGUGAACCACAAUCCAGUCAUCAGCUACUCGAUCUCAUUACCCAAACAGUUGUGGAACAUCUAGUUCAACAAGUUCUGGCUGGUGCUCAGUUACUUCAAGUUUUUGAAUCCCAUGCUGGCUUUCUUAGUCCACAUCUUUUUAACAUAUUUAGUCUACCGUAUUUAAAACGGAUUGCAAACGAAGUGCGAAGUCGUCUGUCAAAUGAAUACAAAAUUACUGGUGACUCUCUUCCACCACUAAUUGUAUUCGCGAAAGAUGGUCAUUAUGCUCUGUCGCAAUUAUCUCAGGCUGGCUAUAAUGUUAUCAGUUUAGAUUGGACUAUAUCUCCUGAUUUAGCUCGAAGUACUAUCCCUUCUGGUAUAACACUACAAGGUAAUUUGGAUCCCUGUGCAUUAUAUGCUGAUGAGAAUGAGCUUUCCAGUCAAGUGAAACAAAUGAUUGUAAAAUUCGGUGUUAAACGUUAUAUUGCCAAUUUAGGUCAUGGUAUUUAUCCAGAUGUUGAUCCAGAAAAUGUAAAUAAAUUUGUUAAUUUAGUUCACAGACUAUCAGAAACAGCAUUGGAGUAAAACCAAUUUAGUUUCAUUUAGUUUCAAUACCUCUUUUCUUCAUUAUUAUUUAUGGCUUUGUAUUUUACUCUUAUUGUCAGUUGUAGUAUGUUGCAUAUCUUUUCCUUUUUGAUAUGUUGCUGUUUAAGUAUUAAUUCUUAGUAAACUGAAUGGUUUGUAGAUUCUUUUUUUUUCGCUCAUUUUUGUACCUUUCUUAUUUCUUUUGAUCUCUGUGUUUAAAUGUACGAAUUGCAUUUUGUAUAUAGUCAUCUUAGGAAUAGUUGACAAUCAAAGUUAUAUGUUUUGCAACUACCAGUCUUUUAGUUUACACAUGUGAACAUCGUUUAUCUUCCGAUAAUGGAAAUAAAAAUCUUUUGAAAAUUGUCUAUGUUAUUUAUCUUAACUUUUCAAAGUAGAACUGUAUCCGCAAUAAUCUGUAUUUUUGUAUAUUUAAUUGGAUAGUUUCAUUUAACCAGAUUCCUUAUAAGUGUUUAUAAUAUUUGGGUUAAUUUUAGGAGGCCACCAUGCUCGACCAAUAACUGAUAAGAAAUUAAAUGCAAUUGGGUAUGUCACUAUGGUAUCACUCUUCCAGAUUACAAUGACCAAGUUCCUACU